ACUUUGAAAAGAUUCUGCAAGAAAAUGCAUCUAUUCCGCCGAAAGAACCAGACUGACUUAGGCGAAAUCGCUGCUUUUGUUGAGGGGGAAAUGGCUGGAAGUGGUCGACUGCAGGGUUAUAGAUGGAUGCAUCAGCGGGCCAUUCAGAAGGGUUUUGUGGUUUCUCAAGAAAAAAUCCGGCUGAUAAUUAAGACACUAGAUCCAGAAGGAGUCGACCGGCGGCGAGCACGGCGUCUCCGACGCCGGCAGUACUCCUGCAGAGGCCCAAACGCUUUAUGGCAUAUGGAUUCAUAUGAUAAACUAAAGCCCUAUGGUAUUGCCAUCAACGGGUGCAUCGAUGGAUUUAGUCGUCACAUAAUGUGGAUGGAAGCAUAUACAACUAACAGCAAUCCAAAGGUAAUUGCUGAUUACUUUAUCAAUACUGUAAUAAGCAUUGGAGGCUGUCCGCAGCGGCUAAGAGCAGACCCUGGUACGGAAAAUGGACACGUCAGGGACAUGCAGAUGUUCCUCCGGAGAAAUCACACGGACCAUCAUGCGGGAGAUGGAAGCUUCCUUUACGGAUGCAGCACUGCCAAUCAACGGAUAGAAUCAUGGUGGGGGAUCCUGCGUAAACAGAGUGUGCAGUUUUGGAUGGACAUACUUCAGACCCUCAAAGAUGACGGGCUCUUCUCAGGGGACUGUCUGGACAAAUCAUUGGUUCAGUUCUGCUUCCUCAACCUCAUCCAGGAUGAACUUGAUGAGGUUGUCAGAACAUGGAAUACACACCAGAUAAGAUCAAAACCGACCCAUGGUGUACAGAAAGGAAGGCCCAUUCUCAUGUACUCUAUGCCACAGCUCUGUGCAGCAGAGGACAGACUCCAGAGUGUACUACCUGAGGAGGUUGCUGUUUGCAAGGAGGAGUGCAUCCCAAAAGGACAGUACCCCUGUGAUGAAACUGUUUUUGAGCUUUGCGUUCUCCUAAUGGAUGAAAAUGCUUGGAAUAGUCCUGGGGAUGCAUACCAUGCCAUGGAACUGCAGUUUGACAUGACCUAA